GAGGCCCAACCCGUAAACCCAUUGGGCUUCAAUUCGGUCAACCCAUUCAAUCACCGGGGUUCGGUUCUUUAAUUGCACCCCCCCAACUCCCAAGUCCAAAUCUCGAAUCAUCUCGACGCAUUGCUGAGUUCUAGGGUUCCAUCAUUUCCACAAGGUUAUCAGUAGCAGAGAUUGUUUAGUUCUUGCAAUCAUGAGUUUGAGCAGUGGGAUGAGGACCUGUGCCAAGGUCUUGAUGUCUUCAGAAGCACCGUUGUCGAAAUCAGCAACUAGGGGGUUCCAUUCAACUGGAGUGAAGAGGAUGGGUGGACAUGGCCAUGAUGAACCAUUCUACAUGCAUUCCAAACACAUGUAUAACUUGGACAUGAUGAAGCACCAGGCUUUGAAGAUGAGCCUUGGAGUGUUCACUGCCUUCAGCAUUGGUGUGGCGGUUCCGGUAUAUGCUGUCAUAUUCCAACAGAAGAAAACAGCCUCUGGUUGAUAUGGUUGAAUGCAGCAAUAAGAGACGCAUAAUUAUGCAGUCUUUGACAUUCUCUUGGAUCCAUUUCUCAUUACUUGUCUUGUGAAAAGUAUUGUGGUUAUUUGUUUGAUAAUUUUAAUUUAAUCAAUCAAGCACAUAAGAAUCAGAUUUGGGCUAUGAAAUUGUUCAAUUCCUUCACGGCCUUCUCCCUAUAGUUUGAGUGAUGAGCAGUUAAAUAAGUAGGCAUUAAGAUAAAUUCCAAAUGUUGGAUGUCAAAAGAUUGAUGCUGAGAUUUUUGUUUACAUUUUGAUUUUCUUUUC